AAAGUGUGUGUGGAAAGUGAGGCCAUUAAUAAUAAUUAAAAAAAAACAACCUUCAGAACCAAUAAGACCAUUGUGACUACACACUCAAUCUUCAUCAACCAUAUUUCAGACAUAACAAAGCAGUCUCUCUCUCUCACAUCUACAAAAAGUGUGGACUUGGAAGAGACCAUCCCCCAUUUCUCGUUGUUCGUUUCCAGAUGUGGUGUCUGGAGAGCCAGAGCCAAUAUAAACAGGCCUGUUUGCCCCUAUCAGUCGGCUGGAAUCAGACACUAAACUCAUUUCCUGACUGAGUCAUCGGAGGGACAGUGAGGGGAUCAGAAACAGGACAUCUUCAGUAAAGCACACGUGACCCCCUGCAAGCACGAGUCCAUGGUUAAAGCAGGUCAUUGGAAAGUUGCUUGUAAGACGAGCUGGUAAUAACAGAGCUCAAGCCUUCCAGAGAUCCAAUAUGCUUUAGCUCUUCAAUUAGACCCAGACGUUGGCUGAAACUUUAUGGAGAAAUGUUCUGUCUGGUUAACAAUCGUUUCAAAGUUUCCACUUCAGUCUCCACAGCAUCAAGGAGCUGUUUGCUUAGCAAGACGAUGAUCUGUUUGUUUGUCCUUAUGUGAAGGCUUUUGGGAGUAUGCAUUAUGAUUCAGCUGGCAUGAUUGGAUUUAAAAUGGCCCUGAGGCAUCAGAACAUGCAGAGGAGAACACGUGGCAGCCCGUGAGACGGGAGACGGGCUAGAUACACUAUUAGUAUUGAAGCAGGAAAUUAGCAAGAGGGAGAUGAAUAGGAGAAAUGCAGUGUAACCCCUGUCAGGUACUAAUUAAAGUAGGACAAGUAAGCACUGUUCCCAAAAUGACGUAAAUCUGUGGGAUUUGUGAAUGAACCCGUGCACAGCUGGUUUGGAUGUUUAUUUGUUUUUCUGGGAUUCAAAGAGGAAGCUUUUGUUUUUAAUAUAUUUUUUUCUAAAUUGUGUGCAGACAGUAAAUUGGCUUAAUGCCUACUUUGGGAGAUGAAGUGAAGUCUUUUAUUGUGGAGUGGAUGGAUUUUAUUGUGCAAAUACAAAGUAUAAAAGGAGAAAUUUAAGACGCAUUUAGGCAUGCUGCUUGGGAUGCAAGAUGUACUGGUGGUGUUAUUUAAAAUCACACCAUGGCCAAAACGUCAGACUAUUAAAUUAGAUAAAGCAGAUAUGACUGGAACAGUCAUUAGAAACUGUAAUAGGUUACAUUUCUAGAAAAAUGCAGGCUCCUUGAAUGCUAUGGCGUCCUAUUCAGUGAUACUUAUUGAGACAUUGUUAUUAAUAACAGAAACUCGAGAUUGUCUUUGAGAUUUGUUUUGUGGGGGUUUUUUUCUUCAGUUUGGGUAAAAACAGGACAUUUUCCAUUGUAGAUGACUUGUACAGACUAAUGAGCUGUGCACUCUUAUUUAUGAGGAAGCGAAUAUGACAUUUUUCCAUUGAGCCUCCUCUCUUUUCGUGAGUUACACUACGGAUCAAAAGGACACACAUGAUUUUGCAGGGUUUUAUGGUAAUGUCCUAUGAAAUAUCACAUAGGAAAUUAAGCAGGGAGCAAGAAAAGUGUUAAAUUAAUCCAAAGUAUUUUGUCUUUUAAAUUCUUAAUAGUAUUUCCAAUGGAAACUGUACACAAUCUUGGCAGCUUCAUGAUGGCGUUUUACCUGAAUGGCUUUUCUUAAAGUUCUCGAAUAGGCAGAGCUCCUUAUUGCGUCUCCAAUGGAGAACAAUUUAAUUUUAUCCUUAUUUUAUUCGUUUUUUAAGUCAGAACUACUCAUUAGAUUUACAUAUUGAGUCAGCAUUUUUUUUUUUACAUGGGUGUUAACUUCACUGGUGACAUUUGCCAUAACCAUUUCAACAAUAAGCCUUCAUCAGAGUAUGGAUUAUCAGUAAAUCAGCAACACAAGUCCCAACAGCAACCGAGCCUGAACGUAUACAGCCAAUAAAGAUACAGAGUCUGCAGUUCCACAUUGUGUGCGUAGUGUAGUGUAACUAAAAUAAAUACUUGUGCCUUUAAGUGUUCUUUGAUGACUAGCUUGUGGCUCAUCAAGAAUCCUGAGUGCGUUUUUCUUUCCCAGUUUGUUUUGGCAUUUUUUUUCUGCAUCACGAGUUGGACUUGACUGUAGGCCACGUUUCCUCAAGGCAGCAGAUAGAUAGACCGGUUUAACCUGAAUGCCUGCUUGUCGUAGGUAUGCAAACAAUGCCCUCGGAGUUUCAGAGUUUCUGUGCAAACACAGGCGGGUUGUCAGGGAGUUUUUUUGGGGGGUAAAAAUUUUUUAUCUGACUGCCAAAGUUCGCAUUUGUACAAGAAAACGGUGCACGUAUCUACCAUGCAGUACAAGGAAAGCGAGACAUGGAUAGGGAGCCACGUACCUGAGGAUCUGUCCUUAGAUGAGAGGGAUGAGCUGACAAACAUACGGCGCAGGAAAAAAGAACUACUGGAUGACAUUGAGCGGUUGAAAUUUGAGAUUGCAGAAGUGAUGACGGAAAUCGAGCAGCUCACCUGUGUGGGAGAGAGCAAAACCACACAGAGAAACAAACAGAUUGCCAUGGGAAGAAAGAAAUUCAACAUGGAUCCCAAAAAGGGGAUCCAAUUUCUCUUGGAGAAUGACCUCCUGCAACACACUCCUGAAGAUAUAGCCCAAUUCCUCUACAAAGGGGAGGGUCUAAACAAAACAGUCAUUGGGGAUUACUUAGGGGAACGGGAUGACUUCAACAUUAAAGUGCUCCAGGCCUUCGUGGAGCUCCAUGAAUUCGCAGACCUCAAUCUUGUCCAGGCGUUACGGCAAUUUCUGUGGAGCUUCAGGCUGCCGGGCGAGGCGCAGAAGAUCGAUAGAAUGAUGGAGGCCUUCGCGUCCCGGUACUGUCAGUGUAACCCAGGAGUCUUCCAAUCCACAGACACGUGUUAUGUCUUGUCCUUUGCGAUCAUCAUGCUGAACACCAGCCUUCACAACCCCAAUGUCAGGGACAAGCCUGCUGUGGAGCGCUUCAUCUCCAUGAACAGGGGAAUCAAUGAGGGAGGAGACCUACCAGAGGAGCUGCUCAGGAACUUGUACGAGAGCAUUAAAAGUGAGCCCUUUAAAAUCCCAGAGGAUGAUGGCAACGACCUGACCCACACAUUUUUCAACCCCGACAGAGAAGGCUGGCUGCUUAAGCUAGGAGGAAGAGUGAAAACCUGGAAAAGGAGGUGGUUCAUUUUAACCGACAACUGCCUGUACUACUUUGAGUACACAACGGACAAAGAGCCACGGGGAAUCAUCCCUCUGGAGAACCUCAGUAUCAGAGAGGUGGAUGAGCCCAGGAAGCCGAACUGUUUUGAACUCUACAACCCCAGCCACAAGGGUCAGGUGAUCAAAGCGUGUAAGACUGAGGCCGAUGGCCGGGUGGUGGAAGGGAACCAUGUGGUCUACAGGAUAUCGGCCCCCACACCAGAGGAGAAAGAGGAGUGGAUCAAAUCUAUAAAAGCCAGCAUCAGCAGGGAUCCCUUCUACGACAUGCUGGCUACCAGGAAACGCCGCAUCGCCAACAAAAAGUGAUGAGUGUCUCAUUGCCAUACGUGAGGCCUUGUGACAUCAUCAACGUAGGACUUUGUCAUGGAGGCCGAUUCGCCUCAAUUUAAACUCAUCAUCCCUUAUUUCGGUCUGUUUUCCCUCCAUGUAUCAGAGCAAAACGCUGCCGCUGUUGUUUACCCUGCGCUUGCAUGGAGGUCAGCGUGCGCACACAGAGUACAGAGGAUUACGGAUCGACGGGAUUC